AUGAGUACGGAUGCUAUUGAGGCAUGGAAAUGUCAUCAGCUACGAACUGUGAAUCAGGAUCUGUCAAGACAAGAAUUGUUGCAGGAUCUGCCUGCCAAUUCAGUUUAUAUUCUGACAGAUUGGGCGAUGAAAUGGCUUCCGGAAAAAUACGUGGAGUCACAGGAAGAUUUUUUCGCCAAGCGAGGUUUAUCAUGGCAUAUUAGUGUGGUGGAUAAUGAAUCUGUCGUUGCCAUUCUUCAAGAUGUAUUGACACGUGUUAAAGCAGAUGAUCCAUCGACAGAAUAUGCGUACUGUCGUGCAAAUAACGCAGGAUGUUACCAUUCUGCCGGUACAAUCCUGUCGUUACCAAUGAUAUCUGAAAAAGCUAAAAUCAAAAUAUUACGUAUUGAUUUUUCUGAUCCACAGGCUGGAAAAUCGGCCUGUGGUCGAUACGCAGCUGUCAUAAAACCAAACGUACGACGAUAUCUCAACGAAAAACACAAUAUAAUGAAUGCUGCAGAAUUUGUCGAGGCCUUACAUUCAUAUGAAGGAGUGAAAGGAGUACAGUCGUAUGAAUGUAGUCUUAUUAGAAAUCCGAAACCGACAAAAGUUACCUUUCCAAAAAUUACAUUUGUGAAUAAUUUCGGGUUUGAACACGAUGGUAUACGAGUACAUAGGGCAUGGAACGUCGGCGUUGGUAAAUUACUUAAAUGGCCAUUAUUGGAUACACCGAAAGCUAUAGGUCAUCUACAGUGUCAGCCAUGUUCCUCUAAGCUACAAUUGUCGUCCAUUACCACAGUUCCUAAAGAACGUAAAUCUCUAUCCGACCGUUCCUCGAUUACCAUGACAACUACAGUCGAACCGGCGGUCCAGGCUAGUAGAAGUAAGCUGUAUGACUGUCCCGAAGAGGAAUGUGUAGCUUCGUUUAUUAGAUACGGAAACUUAACUCAACAUUUAUGUACAGGAAAACAUCGACGUCGAAUAGAACGUAGUUCAAUGAGAGACAUGGGUAUGACUAUGUAUCACUCGAAACUGGAAAAUACUGGAGUAAGAUCAAUGAUUUCUCUUCAAUUGGAAGAGACUACACCUGAUGAUGACGAUGAUACAAUUCGUAUUACACCAGACAGAGAAUGA